CAUAGAUUGUACCUAGAAAUCUCGAAUUCCGCUUUGAGUUCCUUCGUACUCGUGCUCAUCUAGUAGAUCGAUAGCAAGCAGCCUUCUUUUUCUCUUGGUUCGAAACUCUCUUCACAAGUAACCUUACUUAAUCUCGCAGCGUAAACAUUUUGUAAUCCCUCCGUCCAUCUGUACGAAGUACUCUGUACAUCAGAAGUGUACCCUGUUUGACAUAAUUUUCCAUCUUCUCCCGCCGCAUUUGUAAGUCAAAGUAUGUUCCUUUCAAGUUUUCCUGUUCCAGAGCAACCUUGGGAAAUCCUGUGUGGCGGUGAUGAUUGGUCGCAGUCGGAUUCGGAUAGCUCGCAUCGGUAUUCUAUGGGCUACGGUAAGAGAUUGGAGGUUGGAUUUGGGGGUUGGAUGUAUUAUGUAUCAUGUAUCAUGUAUCAUGUAUGUAAACCGGCCGGUAUGUAGGUAUGUACAGAGCAUGUACGAUAUACGACGUACGAUGUCUUGAUGUAUGUAUGUACCGAUGAGUGAUCUGAGUUCUCAAUGUUCUAGCAAUAAUCCUGUCCCUACUGGUUGGUAUACCUGCGCCUACUUGUUACGAAGUAAUCCCACCCACCCGCGUGUUGAGGUUUGUUGAAGCGCGUAGCUAGAUUAGACCUUAUUUCUUGACCAGUACUUUCAAGUCGUGACUACCUAUGCAAGACUCACUUCAAACCGCCCUCACCUGCACCUGCACCUCGUGAUGAUGAUAAUGUUAAUGUUUUACCUUUCUUCCGACCGUUUUCGUUAUUUGAUCUUUCCGAAUUGGAACAUCCUACGUGAUUACCGAAUUGACGGGAAAGAUGCAACAAACAAUGAUAUUCAUUACCAAAUAAUCUACCAACAGUCGAGAUUAAAAUCAAUAAACAAAUGAAUUAAUCGUCAAAUCAGCGGAAAAGAUACCAAUAGGGCCUUGGUCAGACUCCCGUAUUUCGUAUAUGUGUGGGCGGAGUAUUUGAUCAUAUAUUUUUUUUUUUUGCUAUGAAUCUCUUUGCCAAGAUUACUCAUACAUUCAUUCCCUUGCCAAGAUCCAGUCUUUUUUUCUUCUUUCUUUCUUUUCUUCUCUCACGUACUUAUUACUUUAAGAGCGAGCUUAGCUGACAUAAUUUCUGAACCCAGUCAUAAUUAAAAAAGGACCUGGUGCUCGAAACCCAAACAAGAACCCAGCCCCAGUUGAGUAAGAGGGAAGGGAAGGGAAGGGAAGGGGAGGGGAGGGAGAGAGAAGAAGAAAAGAAGAGAAAGGGAAAGGGAAAGUAAAGCAAAAGACCCAAAAAGACCUUCCAAGGUUCUUUUCAUUACUUGGUACAUUCGGACUACUUGUACUAGCCCGGCGCCAUAUCCUCCUAAACCCGAUUUUCUUAUUUUUUGUUCCUUCACUUCCAUCACUUCCAUCACUUCCAUCAUACAUCCGCCUCUUCCCUCAUCAAUCCCAAUCAGACUUCUCUUAUACAUCACACACUUCCUUCCACCUCCACCUUCAAUCCUCUGACCCGUCCUACCUGACCUUACCUUCCGAAGUCUUUUACACUUUUUGGUUUCACUACAACAACUACAAUUUUAAUUUUAUGAUUCGAUAAAAUUAGAUAAUAACAUCUUCUCUCUCUCUCUCUCUCUUCCUCUCUCUCUUCGUCUCUCUCAAUAAAUCACUCCCAAACAAUUCGACAAACACACAUUAUCCAUCAUUCAUGAGAUAAUCAUACAUUUCGACAAUUAUAAAUCAGCAUCCUUCCUCUUAAACUCCGCUAUCUUCCUUUGAUUGCGUAUUCGCCGAUCCCGUAGAUACGCCUCAACUCUCACCCUCACCCUCACCGUGUGAACAAAAAAAAAAAGAAAAAGUCCAACGAUCCAAACAUCGUCGAACUUCUACCUGAUCAUUUCAUUCCUUUGAUAACUUUACCUCCCCCAGAAUUUGCCAUGCCGGAAACAAAUUAUUACUCGUCGACAACUUCACCAACAUUUACAAAAUCCAAGAUGCCUUUCUCAUGGCCGUCGAUACCGAAUCCUAUACCUCGUAGGAUGAGAAGGAGGCUGAGAUCCAAAUUUCGUUCAAAUCUACCUCCAGCUUCAUCGAUAGCUUCAAUUGAGACGUCUUUCGAUCCAAAGGAUACAUUACGAGCUUUGAGGUCACAUAGAUGGUCGGUGUAUGAUGGUCAAUAUUUGAUCUUGAUCAUUAUCGCAAUAUUCUCGCUCUCAAUCAGUCAAGCGCCGGGGCCUCUGAUGAAGACUGGUGCUGCUACUCUUUUAAUGCUUGCGCUUCUUAUGCCAGCAACAAGACAAUUCUUCUUACCAGUUCUCCCAAUCUUCACCUGGUUGGUUUUCUUUUUCAAUGCUCGAUUUAUUCCGGCCGAAUACCGACCACAUAUCUGGGUCAAAGUUCUACCUGCCCUCGAGAAUAUCUUUUAUGGUGCAAAUAUUAGCAACAUCCUCUCCGCACACCAAUAUGUCGUUCUUGAUGUCCUCGCAUGGUUACCCUAUGGAAUUUUACACUUUGGAGGACCAUUUGUUUGGGCCGCCUUGAUGUUCCUUUUCGGUCCUCCCGGUACCGUACCAGUAUUCGCACGAACCUUCGGUUACUUGAACAUUAUUGGAGUCGCCAUCCAAUUGAUCUUCCCUUGUUCGCCUCCUUGGUAUGAGAAUUUGUAUGGUCUUGCGCCUGCCAAUUAUUCCAUGGAAGGAUCGCCUGCGGGUCUUGCACGAAUCGAUUUACUAUUCGGUUUUGAUAUGUACACAACAAACUUCACCGCAUCACCUUUGGUGUUUGGAGCUUUCCCAUCAUUGCAUUCUGGUAAUGCAGUAUUGGAAGCACUUUUCAUGAGCCAUUGCUUCCCAAAACUCAGACCAUUCGUUAUUGCAUACGCCAUGUGGAUGUGGUGGGCAACCAUGUAUCUAUCUCACCAUUAUGCCGUUGAUCUCGUAGCCGGAGGUUUCCUCGCCGCCAUUGCUUUCUAUAUCUCCAAGACAAACUUUCUGCCUAGAAUUCAAGCAGACAAGAUGUUCCGUUGGGAUUACGACUAUGUUGAGAGAGGUGAUGCACCUACCGGAAUCUACGAAUAUGGACUUGCAGUUCUCGACCAAGAUUUCCGUCAUGAUAGCAGCGACGAAUGGACCAUGGGAUCAUCCUCUUCAUUUUCUUCUGGAUCGAGAAGUCCAACUGAUGAAAACGCAUCGGCAUGGGAAGGUGACACUUUGGCAUCUCAAGCUUCGGAUAGUGAGCUCAGCGAGGUUGUUGUUAGGUGAUUUCUUACGUCUGCAAUAACGUUGCACUCGACAGGAGCAAUUUCUCUCGACUCUCCCAGGUGAGAGAAAUUCUCAUCAUGAUUUUACGGCAUUAUCAUGUUACGGCGUUUCCACAUGAGCGACUUCUAUCCUAAUUCGACUUCCAAUUUUCCGACAUUCCCUGGAUCACUGGACAGUUUGAACAUUUGUACAUAUACCUCUUUUAACUUCUUUCGGGACCAUUCAAUUCGAAGAUUUGGAUACACGAGUUCCUUACAGUAUAUACUAAUGAUAAUACUGCCGGAAUCAACUGAACCAUGCCGAUCUGCUACGUCAUUUCGACAUGGCAAGCGAUUUCUGGCUAAACAUUUCGAUUUCAUUUCUUACUGUUCAUAAUACGCCUAUCAUGGUUGAUUAUAGACAUGGGCACUUUUAUUUAUUUAUUCGCCCACCUUGGGUGAAUAAACAGUCCAACUAUCGCUAGAGUUACCGCCGCUUUUACCUCUUCUCUUAGGGGGUGUUUUUAUAGAGAAAAGUUUGUGCUGGGCUCGCUACACAUGUAUAUUCUCUUCAUUUUAUAAUGAGAAUUAUUCUUCAAAGUCUCUCGCUGAAUAUAGAUUUUGAGACUAUUCUUUAUUACUUCAAUUGUUUUUUUGGUGGUGGUGAAAAGAUGAUGGGGAAUUAGGGUAUUCUAAUGUCAUGGAUGUAAUGAGCGUGGGACAAGGGAUUAUAGAUGGAUUUCCUCAAUGGUUUACCAUAACAUAGCAUAACCUAAUUUUGGUUUGGGCUUACAUCCGUCGUUAUAGACACGAUUCGAAUUGGAUCGAAUCGAAUUGAUGGGAUCAUCACACACUUUUGGAUUUGGAAUGACCUUAGGGUGUGAUGUAUAAAGAUGAGAUGGAAAGGAGAUGGAGGGAAGACAGCAAUUCUCUUUUCUCUUGAGGAAAGGAGAGUUAGGGGGGAAGCGAGAGGAGAGUGUAGUUGAAAGUAAUGAAAUGAAAUGAAAUGAAUAAUAAGAACAAGAUGAUGAUAUAAAGAUUAAGAUUAAGAUGAAGACGAUUGAUAUGAGUUGAAUGAAAUGAAUUGAAAUCAUUA